UUUCUUCAUUUUUGGGAAUUCUUUAUUUCUUUUCGAUGUUGAGAAAGCUCGGAAAAUUAAACCGCCAUUUUUCUGUGAUGCGAUCGAAUUAGAUACAACUUGGAAGUGGCGCAGCAGACCGUAAAACAGGAAAGAGUGCUAAAUUUGGGAACUAGAAUUCGUGUUUUAAAUUUUAAUGGAGGACGAAGCACAGUCGGCAGAGAAGCAAAAAGAGGCAGAACCAACACCAGCCAAGGGACGAUGGGGAGCUUGGGGAAUUUCUCCUCUCUCCGUUUUUUCAGAUCUUCAGAGAGCCGCUGCUGUUGCGGCCGAAGAGAUUUCUCGUAAUGCAGUUGCAGUUGCUAAGAAUGCAACAAAGGGCAUUACAGAUAUGCAAAAUAUUAGUCCUGACUCUGAAUCUCCUAAGGUGGAAGAAGAAUUAGAGGACUCAGCAAUUGAAGGGGUACAUGCGGAUGAGAAUGACAAACUGCGGAAGGCUGCUCUUGAUAAGUUGGAAAAAGCCAGUGAGGAUUCUUUCCUGGGGCAGGGUCUUAAGGUUCUUGACAACUCAGUGGAAAGCUUUGCUUCAGGAGCAUGGCGAGCAUUAGGCAAUGCUUUGAGAGAGGGUUCCAAUUUGGUUCAGAAGCUUGAACAUUCUACUGCAAACCUAGCUGAAUCUAUUCAGCAGACUGGUCUACCUGCAACAGCUGGUUCUGUUGCCCCAUCUCUGCUGGAGACUGGAAGGUCUUUUACAGCAAAAGGAAUGGAGGUACUUGAGCGUGUGGGCAAAGAAACCAUGGAACUACUGAUUACAGAGACUGGUAUUGAAAUUGAGAAGAAUCCCGAGGAACAUGAGGAACAAAAUGAUGAGGAACAACUUUCUGAGGAAGUAACAUUUGACCGAUGCUUCUACAUUUAUGGAGGUCCUGAACAGUUGGAGGAAUUGGAGGCAUUGUCUAACCACUAUGCAUUGUUAUUUAACCGGAGAAAAGCAAAAUUAUCAUCAGAAGAGAAGUCCAUCUAUGAAGAAAAACUCAAACAAGUUCAGCAAAAUUUUAGUUUGAGCUCUGAACUUGAUGGAGGUGUAGAAUCAGACAAAGGAAAGAAAAUCAAGGCCACAGGGGAGGGAAGUGUUGAUGAGAUGAAAAACUUGCGUGAUUCAAGUGUCAGCAAAGCUGCUGAUAUAGCUGCAGGGUUUACAACAACCCUAACGGGGCUUUCUGCAAAUGAGAUAAUUCAACGGACAACUGGUAGACUUGAAAGCAUUCACUCAGAGGGUGUACAUAGGCUCUCCGAACUAUGUUGCUUUGCAGUCUCUCAACUUCUUAUACUGGGAAAAUCUGUUAUCUCCAAUUCAAACAAAGCACAAAGCGAAGAUCCGGAUCAGGAAACCAUGAAUAUUGACUGGCCUGAGGAUUCUGUUGAAAAAUCAAGGAUAAUCAGAUUCAAAGCACAAUCAAUGAUAGGAGAUGUGGAAGCAGUUUCUGAUAGUUUCAUUACAGGUAUCUCGGAUGUGGUUGAAGCCUAUCUAGCUGCCAUAAAAGGUGCUGCAGAUGUCCACGGGGGUCUUAAGCAAACUUCCAUCCAGGAAAAGGCAAAUGCCAUCACUGAUCAUCUCCGUUCUGACCGGGUCACAGCCAUAGACAAGAUCCAGGAUGGUCUCCAGUACUUAGCAUUUAUAGUUGUUUCCACUUCAAUGCCCACAGCAUGAGACUGUAAUUCUUUUUUCCAUUAACUAUUUAGAUUUGUAAAUAAUCUCUCACAAUUGGGUUGAGAUCAGGCGUUUACUAGUGUUUCAUUGCCUUUAAAUUGAAUGUUCCAGCCCAUUUUACCAAUCAAAUAUACAAGGUUUCAUUGUUCUA